AUGAAAGCCGUUCUGGCAGCUCGUCGGGCGGUCCCGCGCUGUGCCACCCGUCUACAAGGGCUAGGACGGAGGUACCUCUACGAGGAUGCAGUGGCAUCCGGAGCGAACGCGCGAUAUUUGGAGAACCUCUAUCUGCAGUGGAAAGUGAAUCCAGCCAAGCUGGACAGCAAAUGGAACGAUUACUUUCGCUCCCUGGAG